AUUGUGGUUUUGAUGUGAAGCUAAUCGAUUUUGAAUGGUCAGGAGCUGUUGGAACUGCAUGUUAUUCACAUUUUAUGAAUCAUAUCGCUAUUCGUUGGCCAGAAGGGGCAGAAGAUAGAAAGAAAGUCACAGUGGAGCACGACAAUAUCAUGCUGGAGAAGACUUUUCAGAAAACAAAUUUGUCGCAAGAUUCUAUGUUGAUUGAUUAG